AUGCGCGUCCGCAUCCGCAUCGCGCAGCUCCAGCUCCUCGCACUAGCGACGACGCUCGCCACCGCUGCGGCGGGAGCGGUCGGUAACGGCACCAGCUCCUGCUCUGGCACUGGCACGCAGGGUCUCGUGGGCCUCGUGAGGCGCCGUAUCCCGGCGCAUGCGGGGGAUUUUGAGUUCUGCCUUUUGGAGGGAGUGGGGGUGAAUGCUUUGGCGAAUUCUUCGAAUGCCUCGAAUGCCUCGGCGAAUGCACAGUUCGAUGCGUUUGUGGUGACGACGCCGGCGGAGGGGAGGGUGAGGGUUGAGGCGGGGUCGGUGAGCGGGCUGGUGAGUGGGCUCCAUCGCUAUCUCGCUGAUGUGGUGCAUGUCGAUGUGUGGUGGUUUGUGGGCUCGCAGCUGCAUCUUGCGCCGGAGGAGCUGCCGCGGCUGAAUGGGUCGCUGACGGGUGCGAGCGUGGUGCCCUGGCGGUAUCACUUCAACACGGUGACCUUCUCGUACACGACGGCGUUCUGGACAUGGGAAGACUGGGAGCUAGAGCUGGACUGGCUGGCCCUUCGCGGCGUGAACCUGCCGCUCGCAUGGGUAGGCGUGGAAAAGAUCCUCGUCGACGUCUUUCGCGAGACGGGCCUGACCGACGCCGAGAUCCAGGAGUUCUUCAGCGCGCCGGCCUUCCAGAGCUGGAACCGGCUCGGGAAUAUCCAGGGCUCGUGGACGGGGCCGCUGCCCCUGGCGUGGAUUGACGAGCAGUUUGCGCUGCAGAAGCGGAUUGUGCGCCGCAUGGUCGAGCUGGGCAUGACACCCGUGCUGCCGGCCUUCACGGGAUUUGUUCCUAGAGCCAUCACGAGGGUCUUGCCGAAUGCUACCGUCGUUGAUGGGUCGCAGUGGAACGGGUUUCCGGUCGAGUAUACGAAUGCCACGUUUCUGGAGCCCACUGAUGCCGCGUUUGCACGCUUGCAACAAAGCUUCAUCUCCAAGCAGCAGGACGCCUACGGGAACAUCUCGCACAUCUACACGCUGGACCAGUACAACGAAAACGACCCCUACUCGGGCGACCUGGGCUACCUGCAAAACGUGACGCAGCACACAUGGGCGAGCCUCAAGGCGGCCGACCCCGCUGCCAUCUGGCUGAUGCAAGGCUGGCUGUUCUAUUCGAACCGCGACUUCUGGACCGAAGCGCGCAUCGAGGCGUUCCUGUCGGGCGUGCCCGAGAACAGCGACAUGCUGAUCCUGGACCUCUUCUCUGAGAGCCAGCCGCAGUGGCAGCGCACGAACUCGUACUUCGGCAAGCCCUGGAUCUGGUGCCAGCUGCACGACUACGGCGGCAACAUGGGGCUCUACGGCCAAGUCGAGAACAUCACCGUCAACCCCAUCGCCGCGCUGGCGAACUCGUCCUCGCUUGUCGGGUUCGGCCUCACGAUGGAGGCGCAGGAGGGCAACGAAGUCGUCUACGACCUCCUGCUCGACCAGGCCUGGUCCCCCACCCCCAUAGACACAGAGGCGUACUUCGCGGCCUGGGUGCGCAGCCGGUACAGCAUCAGCAUCAACAACACGCACGACUCGGCACCAGCACCCCUCCCCCCCGCGCUCUUCACGGCCUGGGACCUCCUCCGCCGCUCCGUCUACAACAACACGCGCUUCAGCGCGCGCGACGGCCUCGCCAACGCCGUCCCCAAAAGCAUCCUCGAGCUGCGCCCCGCCCUGUCCGGCCUCACACACCGCGAGGGCCACCACCCCACAGCGCGGAGCUACGCGCCCGCCGCCCUCGCCGCCGCCUGGCAGCAGCUGUACGCGGCUGCGGCGGCCGCGCCCGCGCUUUGGGACGAUACGGCCUUCCGCCAUGACCUCACGGAUGUCUCGCGCCAGGUGCUGAGCAACCACUUCGAGGCGCUGUACCAGUCCUUCGUCGCCUCGCUCAAUAGCACCCUUGCCGCAAACACCACAUCCGCUCCCACUGCCAACGGUACGACCCUUGCUGAAGCGGGCGCCGCGCUCCUCCGCCUCCUCGCCGCCCUCGACGCCCUCCUCGCGACUUCCCCCGCUUUCUCCCUGUCAACAUGGCUGCGUGCCGCGCGCGCCUCGGCGCCGCCGACGCAGCUGGACCAAGACGCGUUUACGGCGGCUGCGCUGCUGCAGCUCACGCAGUGGGGCCCGCACGGCGAGAUCGGGGACUACGCGUCCAAGGCGUGGGCGGGGCUCGUAGGCGGGUAUUAUAAAGGAAGGUGGGAGGUUUUUGUGGGGUAUGCGGUUGAGACGGUGGCGGGGGCGGGGGAGGCGGGUGGGGAAGGGGAAGGAAAGGGGGUGUGGGACCCUGAGGUAUUGGCGGAGAGGGAGAGGGCGUUUGAGGAGAAGUGGGUGCGUGGUGUGGAUGAGAGGACGGGGGUUGAGGUGGGCGAAACAAGAGGCGAGUUGAAGGAAGUGCUAGAGCGGCUUUUGGUAAGGGGGGAGUGGGCGGCUGUGUUUGGCGGCGUGUGAGCGUAUCCUAUCAUGUGCCUGACUACGUAGGUGGGGUUUUGCUUAACGGACACUCUAGCAUCUAUGCAUUACCGCAUUACCUAUUCAAAGCGGACGCGCCUCCCCCUCC